CGGUAUCAGUGUUAGAGACGCGACGGGUGUCGCGAUUGUGAGAAUUUAUUUGCCCGGAUCAAGCUGUUAUAAAUCGCAGCCACCCGUGAACACAUUGGGAUAUCCUUUAAUACGUUCUAAUAACAAAUCAUAAAAGGGCAUCAGUUAAAUACUUCUGCUGUUUUACUGAAGUGGUCAAACCUAAGCCUCCAGUGGCUUUGAGGGCAGCUCAGGCCAUUUCUCGAACUCUAUCACUCACGCCUCAAUAUGACCACCACUAAUUAUACUGCGGAAUCUUUCUCCCCCGUUGAAGUACUCAACAUUUCCGAAGAGGGAGAAGAAGAAGAAGGCCGUUGUUCCUUUGACACAGAUACCGGUGAAAGAGUUGGCCCCACGGAUGAAGGCUCCCAUAGCGUUGAAAGCGAGGGCCAGGAACUUUCAGAAGAAAGUGAGCCAGAAGAAGUGGAUGAGUCUGUAGCGGAAGACAUGAGGAAACUCGAGAGCACAUUUAAGGGUAUUUCUAGCAGAUAUCGAUUAAUCAAUCGCAUUGGAGAAGGCACAUUUUCCACCGUCUAUAAAGCUGAAGAUCUUUAUUAUGAUGAAUAUGAGAACGACUGGGACUGGGAAUACAAGUCCUAUGAUCGGGAUCAUGAGAGAGGCAACGAUCUGCAGCCAUCUGAUAGAGGCCCAUCUAAAUCCAAACGGAAGGGUAAUAAAUCAAGGAUUCCAUAUGUAGCGUUGAAAAAGAUAUAUGUUACAAGUAGCCCCAGCAGAAUCCAAAAUGAACUUGAGCUGCUGAAUGACCUCCGCGGCAGUCGUUCUGUCUGUCCUCUCAUCACCGCGUUCCGACACCAAGACCAAGUCGUGGCAGUACUUCCGUACUUCCCUCAUACCGACUUCCGGGUCCAAUAUCGCACGUUCCUUGUCUCCGAUAUGAGGCACUACUUCCGUUCUCUCUUUACCGCCCUCCAUGCAGUUCAUAAAGCCGAUAUCAUCCACCGAGAUAUCAAACCCACCAACUUCUUAUAUAACCCAAAACUUCGACGAGGUGUGCUUGUUGACUUCGGCCUAGCAGAGCGCGAAUACCUUGGAGGGGAACUCUGCCACUGCGCCCAGAAUUCCACAGCAAGUAGAUAUCGCGCCAUGUGGUUACAAACGAAUAUCCAUUCGAAUACGCUGUCUACAGGAUAUCCAAAAAACGACUCGCGGCCUUCACGACGUGCGAACCGUGCGGGAACAAGGGGUUUCCGUGCACCAGAAGUGCUGUUCAAAUGCACGUCGCAAACAACCAAAAUCGACAUCUGGUCCGCUGGAGUUAUCUUAUUGACUCUCCUCGGUCGGCGUUUCCCCUUCUUCAAUUCCGCAGAUGAUGUAGAUGCCAUGAUUGAGAUUGCAAGCAUAUUUGGGUCACGCCGCAUGAAGGCCGCAGCCGCAUUGCAUGGACAAGUCUUCGAAACGAACCUGCCCACCAUUGGUGAGAAGGGAUAUUCCUGGGAAAAGAUAGUACUGUGGUCCAGCUGCGUGGAGCAGCUCACGGAGAGCGAAAAGCAGGCUACCCGUUUCCUUUCCCUGCUCCUGGAAUUAAAUCCAAGCAAACGCCCUACGGCCAAAGAGGCCUUACGGCAUGAAUUCUUCACUCAUCCAGAAGCGGAGGAUUUGGCCUGGGAAAACAUUGGGGACAAGAAAGACGGUGAUAAGACUGAGACGCAGGUGGCAGAAGAGCAACAACAGCGGGAGGAGACGCUUGAACCAGCUGAUGAAAUGCACCUUGUGUGAAAUGUUGCAUAUAUAACUCUUUUUUUUUUUUUUUUUUUUUUUUUUUUUUUUUGGGAUUCUGGCGUUAAGGGAGGCGCGCCCCGCCGGGGGGGGGGGGGGGUGGCUACUGUCAUUUCAGAGUACUCUUCUUCAGUCCAAUGUGACUACACCAACAUGUCAUUUUAAAUUGAAGCAUUUUUGCGCUAACUAUUCGUUUACUCGUUUCCUUGCAAAUUCUUUCUCUUCCGAGGUUAGCAUGGACUAUCUAUAGCUAAACUAAGGUAUAAACUAAUUAUUGGAUGUUUGUUUGCUGACA